AUGGAAGUCCGUUGCAAGCUAUUCAUGGGCACGCUCAAAAAGGCAGCGCUUGAUUGGUUUAGUGGUCUCCCCGACCGAUCAAUCACCGACUUCGAUGUUUUCAGUCGGCUUUUCAUGGCACAAUUCGCUGCUAACAAGAAGAAACCGUCGAUCACGUCGGACCUAUUCGACCUCAAACAGCAGCGUAAGGAGUCCCUGAAGGAUUUCCUACAAAGGUUCAACGAGGUCACCUUGAGGAUAACGUCUUUGGAUGAAAGGAUGGCCGUCAUCGCAUUCCAGAAAGGCCUGAGGUCUGGAGCUUUCGACAUCGCGCUGGAAAGGGCCAAUUGCCAGACGAUGUCGGAGGUGAGAGCCUUCGUGCUGAGCCACAUUAAGACGGAGGAAGGGCAGAUCAGCAAGAGAGCAGCGGAGAGCCGAGAAACAAGGGGCAGCAAUAAGGAGGGCAACAAGCAUCUCCGACCGCGGUCGAAUUAG